AUGUCUGGCGGUAAUAUUGAUGACUUAUUUAACGUGUUCGAGGAAAAUGACAUAGACGAUAAUAUUUCCACAAAAGAUGAAGCGGGCGAAGGGGGGGGUGGCGGAAUCCCCGUGGAAAACCAUCCCCAGGGUGAAGUGAACGAACAGACACCCAGUAACAUGCAUACUGACAAAGGCGCAUUAGGAGGUGGACAGGAUGACACUAAAGGGGAAGCGCAAUUGAAUACGCAACCGCAGGGUGCAUCAGCCGCCCCUAUGGGGACCCCCCAAAUAAACGUGGAAAACCUCAUUUCGUGUAAAAAGAGGGACCAAAAAGUGCAGAGCAAAAUAAAGGAGGAAAUAUACAACGACAUACAAAUUGCUGAUGACACGACCAGAAAUGCAAGCAACAAAAUGAGAAAGUUGAACGAAAAGCAAAACGGAAAAAACGUGGAAAAAAGCGAAAAUGGAACCGACCAUGAUAACGAACCGGUAGAAGAAACGCUAAUCGAAAAUAGCAAAACGAUAAACAAUGACGAUGUGCUCGUGUUGGAGGAAUUCCGCAGUGACGUCAAUUGCAUUCACAAGUGCAUCCGGCCAAAGAGCUACAUCCACAACAAACUCAGUGAAAAUCUCACCCCAGCCAGGACCUACAAAUUUGAAUUAGACACUUUUCAGAAAAAAUCCAUUGAAUGUUUGGAACGAAACGAAAGUGUCCUCGUGUCAGCACACACAUCAGCAGGAAAAACGGUCAUCGCAGAGUACGCCAUCGCGCUAGGGUUAAGGGAUAAGCAAAGGGUUAUCUACACCAGCCCUAUAAAAGCGCUAAGUAAUCAAAAGUACAGAGAUCUGAGUGAAGAAUUUAAAGACGUCGGAUUGAUUACGGGAGAUAUUUCCAUAAAUCCUGAUGCGUCUAUUAUCGUCAUGACGACGGAAAUUUUGAGAUCCAUGUUGUAUAGAGGCUCUUCCCUAACGAAAGAAGUAAAGUGGGUAAUUUUCGAUGAAAUCCAUUACAUGCGGGAUAGAGAUAGAGGAGUCAUCUGGGAAGAAACGAUCAUCCUACUCCCCCUCAUGGUGCGCUUUAUUUUCCUAAGUGCAACCAUCCCAAAUGGUAUUCAAUUCGCAGAAUGGGUAAGCAGUAUUAAAAGCCAAGCUUGCCAUAUUGUCUACACAGAUUAUCGACCCACCCCCCUGCAACAUUAUAUCUACCCAACAUCCAGCGAAAGUGUUUUUCUAAUCUGCGAUGAAAAUAAAGAUUUUAAAAAAAAUAAUUUCAUAAAAGCGGUCAACGCGAUAAAGGAAAAAAACAACAUGUCAGAGGAUAGUCACCACCAAAGUGGUAAUAGUAAGCAUAACAAACGGGCAAAAAAAAACGUCCACGAUAUUGAAAAAAUUGUACAGAUGUGCCAUUCGCGUAAUUAUACCCCUCUUAUCAUUUUUGCAUUUUCCAAAAAGGAAUGCGAAAUAAAUGCCACGACCAUGCAUAAAGUGGACUUAACAGACGACACAGAGAAGGAAGUCAUAAAAGAGUUGUACGAAAACGCCAUUCAAAUUUUAGCUGAUGAUGAUAGGGCUUUACCGCAGGUCCAGUUUAUUCUCCCCCUCCUGUUAAGGGGUAUAGGAAUCCAUCAUGGGGGCCUACUACCCAUCAUUAAAGAAAUAAUAGAAAUUAUGUUCCAAGAAUCCCUGCUGAAGGUUUUAUUCAGUACAGAAACUUUCUCCAUGGGAAUUAACAUGCCAGCGAAGACGGUCGUUUUUACCUCCUUGAGAAAAUUUGAUGGAGUAGAAAAACGGUUAAUAACAUCGGGGGAGUAUAUUCAAAUGGCUGGCAGAGCUGGCAGACGGGGGUUAGACGACAGAGGGAUUGUUAUUAUUAUGUUAGAAAGCCCACUACACUGGAGAGAGGCGGAAAAAUUAUUCGUCGGAGAAGCAAACAGACUAGUUAGUCAGUUCCACUUAGGGUAUAAUAUGAUUUUAAAUCUACUCAGAAUAGAAGGAAUUACGCCAGAGUUUAUGAUCGAGAGAUCCUUCAUUCAGUACCAAAUGAAGAAAAACCUCUUCCAGAAAAUUAUGGCCAAAAAAAAAGUGGAAGAAAAAAUUAAAGAAAUUUUUAACCAAUUGACUAGUAUCUACUUGGAUAAGGAUGACCAGGAGAUUAGUAAGGAAAAUCUCCUGAAGAAAAUUAUGGACCAUAAUUAUGAGUGCAUCUCCAGGGGGGGUGAAGAAAUGAAUGCAACUGAAAUGGGCCACACUCUACAUGACGACCAGAAUGGCAACGCGGAAGAAGGUAUACCCCCAGGAGGAGUGGAAGAAGAAAUAGGUAUCGACGCGGAACACACCGUCGACAUGAUGAACGGUGAAAACUUCACCAUAAAUGAUCAGCUCAAAAACUACAACACCGUCUUUUCCUGCAUUUCCAAUUACUACAUAUUAAGGAACAAACUGAUCGAGUUGGGCGAAACGUACAGGUCUAUACUGACAGCCAGGAAGAACAUCACCCCCUACUUGGCCAUGGGGAGACUGCUCUACCUGGUGGAGGACGACCUGAGGUGGGGUUGGGCCAUAUGCAUUGAGGGAAAGGUUGUGGAGCGAGCUCACGGGGGCCGCACCGCCGGUCGGAACAACGUCACUAACCACGCUAACCACGCUAACCACGCUAACCACCCGAACCACACGAAUGAAGCUAAUGGCGCUGUGCUGCUCGUGGACUGCCUAGUGCCGUACAGCCAAAACAGAAAAAGGAAACUGUCCCACAGUGACGACGACGAAAACAAUGACGACGCAGAGGAAGAAGACACGCGGAAGGAAUUCGCACCGGCCAACGACAGGAUGAAGGCCAAGUGGAAACUCAUCACCUUUCACAUAAAAUGCAUCUACCAAAUUUCGGCUGUCGUCUUAAACCUAGACAAACCCUUUGACAAAAAAAAUGAAGAACAAAUAAUGAGCGCCAAAAUGAAGUAUAACACUAUGGUAACCUGUCUGAAGGGAGAAAAAAAUAUUCCAGUUAUUAACCCCCACCAGAUGGAUAUUAAAGAUGAAGCCUUCCUAAAAGUUGUAAAAAAUAUUAACUACCACGAACAUAUGUUAGGUAGAAAUAAAUUACUGAACAAUCCAAACCUUCAGAAGUUUUACCAGCUGUACAACAUGUAUGUUGCUCUGCAGUUUGAAAAGAACCUUUUAGAGGCCAACAUAGAAAAGUGCAGAUUCAUAGUCUUAAAGAAGGAACUAAAAAAUAUGCUCGUUCUUCUACAAGGCUUGAAUUAUAUAGAAAUUUCCCACAACUUGGAAGGGGAAAACGCGCAACAUGGGACAAACAAUCAGGAAGUCAAUGUGGAGACGGACAAAGGAGACGAUGAAGCCAACCAUAAUGGACUCAUCACCGGAGGGGACUUCACCCCGAGUGACGAAAAAAGCUACGUCGUAACCAUGAAAGGACAAAUCGCCAGUGCCAUCCUCAGUGUGGACGAAUUAGUCAUUUCGGAGUUAUUUUUCUCCAACUUUUUUAGUAAGUACAACUACGACUACAUAUGUGCCUUCCUCUCCUGCUUUGUCUAUGACGAAUCCACGAACAAAGAAGUAACCAUUGAAGACGGAGUUCUUGUGGAAGGCUACGAACAGAUAAUUAAAACGGCCACCCACGUUUGUAACAAAAUGAACGAAUGUGGAAUGAACAUAAAUUUGAAAGACUACCUGGACAAGUUCAAGUCCGCCAUUAUGCCAAUCGUCUUGCAGUGGGUACGCGGUUACUCCUUCAUGGAAAUUCUCACCGAUUCGCAGAUAUACGAGGGCUCCAUCAUACGCACGCUCAGACGCCUGGAUGAACUGCUCAGACAAAUGAUCUGCGCCUUCAGAGGAAUCAACAACGACAGCAUGUGCGAAAUUUUGACAGAGGCGACCAAAAAGCUUCGACGCGGCAUCCCCUUCUCCCCCUCUUUGUACCUAUAA